GACUACGUUACCCACAAUGCACUGCCCACCGUUGUCAAAAGUCUUGCUCUCUUGGGUCACUUACCGAACUCUGGCCGUGUCAUCCAGCUUACUUUCUCUUAUUUGACGGAAUAAUGCAUUUGUCAGGCGCAGGACUCGCGGAAUUAGGGCACGGACAGGGCCCCGGAGCUGGAUCGGCGCCUGGAAGCUGCAAUCCGCGUAAAUUCAGCGAGAAAAUCGCCCUUCACAACCAGCGACAGGCUGAAGACACAGCCGCUUUCCGGGAGGUUAUGAUGGACGUUACUUCCAUCAGGGUUCAGGCUGAGAGAAUCCGGCAAACCAGAGACUUGGUCCCGUACUAUGGAGGAUCGUUGCCAAAUGUCAAUCAGAUUUCAAGCUGCUCCACAGAGACCCAGCACCCAAGUUAUCUCACCCAGCAGCUCCUAGAGGCAGAUGAAGAGUACAGAGACGUCCAGCCCAGUCCCCUUGGCAGACUGCACAGGAGACAUUUUGAUAGUGCUCCCUAUCUCUCUACCCACCUCUCUCCUCCUAGAGGUCCUUCCUGGAGAAGAAACUGGUCUAAUUGUUCUGCCACUGAGAAGAGCCAGAUGGUCUUUCUUCCUCUGACAGCUCUUAAUAGAACCAACUCUGACUCCGCCCUCCAUACCAGUGUGCGAAACACCCAGCUGCAUGGCCACCCCAAAUCUGUCCAAAACCUGAACCAACAGUCAAGACACUUUGGGUUUGCACAUCCGGCUCCACUAAUAGAAGAAAAUAUUCAAGAGGAGACACAAUCUCCCAAACUAAAGAAGUUAUCCUCAAUAGCAUCUUCAGGAUAUGAAACACCUGUUGUUUACAACUUCCCAUUGGCCGAUCAGCAAGCAUCGUCCCUCCCUGUCCCAUCAGCCCUCAGUAUGAGUGGCUCUCUUCCAGACCUAUCCAGCCUCCACCUGCCUUCUCCUCUUCCUGUAGGCCAGGAUUCAGAGCCCCACAGUGGUGCGGAACAAUUGAGCAACGCUUCCACGCACCCUGGCACAAUGGCUGACUUUAACUUACCAGGUCUGUCCUCGUCUCUUCAGGCAUCUUUAAGUAAUCCUUUGCUCCAGUCUUCACUCAGCAAUCCCAACAUCCAGAGCUGUCUGAGCAGCCACUCCCUGCCCAGCUCUCUCAGCUCCACUUCUUUGCGCCUGUCACUGAGCAACUCUUCCCUGCAGUCAUCGCUCAGCAACCAGUCCCUGCAGUCGUCCCUCAGUAGCUCUUCACUGAGCAACCAGUCCGUCCAAUCAUCCGCCAGCCGCUGCAGCCACAGCAGUGGAAUGGGCGGAUCUCGCUCCUGCUCCUCCUCUUCUCUCUCUGGUUCUCCACGUGUGACUGGCCACACCCAUGCCGCCACAUCACGAAAGAGAGCCCAGCUCAGCCCACUCAUCGUGCCCGGUGGAGGAGAGUCCCGCUGGCAGCAUCCAAAGCAGUUCUCACCCACAGUGUCUCCAACCAUGUCCUCUGUAUCCCAGGGUGCUCUCCUCAACAAAGUUCUGAAGGAGACAAAGCCGCCAGCGUAUCCCUGCACUCAGCACCUCAGAUCCGCUCCUCCACUCUCCCAUCAGUCAAUGCGGCAGUAUUUCCAGCCAGAGGCACAGCAUCAGUCAAUCCCAGAGAUGGAACAAUGGAGUCAAGAUGAACACCAGUCACAACAUCAACAAACGCACAAUCAGACUCAACAACACCAUGUUCACAAACACAGUCGGCCCCUGCAGCAUCAUUCACAACCACACUCUAAAUAUCAUCAGCAGUUACUGUAUCAUUGCCAGACUCACCAACCACACAUCUCGAUGCAAGCGCUUACCCAACAGCAGCAGCAGCCACAACAACAUCAAGUGUACACACAGUUCCAGCCUCAUCAGAUACCUGAGGAGCAGUACCAGUGUCCGGGCCAGUGGCAGAUGCCAUGCCAAGAGGGCCAGUACCAAAACCAACAGCUACAUCAACCUAUAACUUUCCCCUCUCCAGGUCAAGAGAAAAACUGGCAACAUGCAACAGGCCCACAUGGCUUGCAACAUGCACAAAUGAAACGUAGACACAGUAUGCAGACGCCAGAAGAACCAAAACCACUAUCUAAGGUUGCUAUCCACGAGAGUCAAGGAAAGGGAUCCAAGGUCCCUCAUUAUAAGGAAAUUGAAGUAACUGUAGCAAAUCCAGGUUUACAGGAUAAAGGUUUUGAACUGAACAAGGAAUCAUAUGUUGGCUUACAUCUUACCCCUAGUCAGGAAAAGGCCCUUUCCCAGCAGCUCGGAGUGCUUCAGAAAGAGCCUCUAGGUGACAGUAGAGUGUCAGAUCUUAACUGUGAAGGUGCAGAAAGCAAGGAGCAGCUGCUGCAGAAUCAAAGCAACAGUGCUGGAGAGACACAAAAUGUGUUCAACAUUAACGUUUCUGACCCAUCAUCCUGGCUGGACCAGGACUUAUCAAGUCUGUCCGACUCUGUUUUGGAGUUUGAUCUAGAAACGUUUAACCUGGACACUAACUUAGGUUGGCCAUGAAUGUAUUAUAAAAGUUUACAUAACAUUUUUUUAAAAAGUACCCUUUUAAGAAAAUAUAUUCUUUUUGGCAAUGGAAUUGAAAUAUAGUCCUUAGAGUCAACUAUAUGUAAUGUUAACUAUACAUUGGCUUGAAAGGUUCUUUAAGGGAACUAACAUAAAAAUUGUAUUUUAAUAAAUAGUUUUUGCACACAGAGGUCCUAAAUAGCAGGUCUAUGUGCCUUAAUAUGCAUUUUGGGUUAUAUUUUAUUAUAAUAGAUUAUGUACGGAUACAUGAGGCGAAUUCAUGUACGAGUUGUUUAGGAAGUGUAUGUUUUUCACAUUUCAUAGCAUAGAAUAUCUGUGGAAAUGUACAAAAAUGUAAGAAAAUUUGGCUAGUUUAGGGCCUUAACUUCUUGAUGGUAAAAUUAAGAUUUUACUCUUUAACAUUUAGAUAAUUACGUAGAACUCAAGACUUUCAGAUUUCAUAUCCAUCUGUUUGCAUGUUAUAAUCUUAUAUUGUUAUAGUGUGACUGGGGUCAUUUUUGUGACUUCUUCUAACUGACUGCUGACGCUUGACUUUUAAUUUCCAUAUCUUCAUUUGUUGCAGUUUCAUCUUUCAUAAUGUUUCAUAAUGCAGUUUUAUUAUAUUUUGAUAUUCAUUUUGCUUUUUCACUCUCUGGUAGAGGUCAUGUUGUUUUUCAGUAUUUGUCUUCAAUGUAAAAUCUGAGAUAUUUUCAAAAUAUGCAUAUCGGAAUACAUUUACAUUUUUGACAGAAUUAAUAACAUAUGUACAGAAACACCAUCUGUAAAUUUCAGAAGUAUUACAAUUAAAAAGUGGACUAAUA